GCCGCCUAGCAAGCGAAGAAGACGCUGGCUAGAAAUGGCGCUGACGGCGAGUCGAACGGCAUGAGGUUGCUCAACGGCUUUUCCGUGGAUCGGAGACAUCGCAAUGCGACGGACAUGACAUCGACCUCCAAGUAGCGAACCCGUCGAGGCGGCCACCGCUGAGCUUUCGACGUCUCCCCCGGGGGAGAGUUUUCGCCUUGUCCGAGGAGGAGAGCAAAUCUCACCGGGAGGGAGCAUGGCUUCUCACGGCAACCAGUAUAUCUUUGGGGAAUUCAGUCCAGAUGAGAUCAAUCAGUUCUUUGUGACUCCACGAUGUUAUGUAGAGCUUCCACCGUUCAACGACAAAGUGCCAUGUGUCAGUCAACCUUCUGGAGGUUACUGCACUCCUGCCGUACCAUAUAUAAUGGCGUCAAUGGGACUGCAGGGUUGCGGAGAUGACUAUCAGCGCAUUAAGUUUGGUGUUGACGAGGUGAUGGACUCCAAACCAGUCGGCGGUGUGAACGACUCCUUGUAUAAGGUGUCGAGCACCCUGAACCCACAGGCCCCCGAAUUCAUCCUGGGCUGCCAGCCAGCCCAAAAGACACAACAGUCGGCGACGACUCCGGCGGGUGACUCCUCUGGUGGAGGCCACUUCAACUCCAAGGACGGGGCCGAUUCGGAGGCCUCGGCCGUGGACAAUCACCAGGUGUCCCAGGACAUGGACGGACUGCCCGGCAGCCUGGGACAGCGAGAAAGGAAGAAAAAGAAAAAGCGGCCCCCGGGGUACUACAACUACCUGGACCCAUCCACCGGCGGCAACAGCGGCACUGCAGAUGGAACGCCCGUGACAGCACUCGUGAAUGGACACGCAUCCUGUGCCUCGCAACACAUUGCCGAGGACUUGGACUGGAAGACCUCAUCGGGGACCAGCCUUUCUUCAACAAGUGUUGCCUCUGUGGCAACAACUGCUCCGACUGCCACACCCACCACCAAUCAGAGGACUUGCGAUAUUCCUGAUGACUUCUCAUCGGACUUAAAAAGUGGGGCCGCCUCUUUAUCGGAUGGCAAUAAUGCAAAUUCCGCCUCUUUUUCCUCAUGUCAAAGCAGAUGCAUGACGGCGGGAUCAAGGACUGCAGAUGAGCAGCCAGAUCAUUCGGCUCACCAGAGCCCUGAACUUUCAGAUAGUUCACAGAGCCCCCGCUCCAAGUCACCUCUUUCCGCCUGUGCUGCUACGACUACUGAACCACAGGGAGUGGAAGUGGCUGAGAGUAAUGGGUUGGCAGAGUCUGACACUCCCGUUAGCACAGAUGAACAGAAAGAAGACCGUGGCGAUUUGACCCAGCAGGUCUCUGCGGAGUGCGUUGCCCAAACGACAGCGACGGAGUCUUCCCAUUCGCCCGCAGUUGCGGCGGCUCCUGCUCCUAACCCUCCCAAAUCUUGGGCUAGCCUCUUCCACAACUCUAAGCCACUUCCUGGCAGUCCGCCGGCCUUUGUGGAGGUUAAGAACGCUGUGGAAGUUGUUGCCCCUCCUCUCCCGACACCAGAGACACCUGAGGAGAAACCUGUUGAGGUUAAGGAAGGCCCUGUCCAUGUUUCAGAGGACCCUAUGGCUCCUAAACUUGCAGAAAUUAUAGAGAAUGUGAAGUUGAUACAUAAACCAGUGUCUUUGCAGCCGAGAGGUCUCAUCAACAAAGGAAACUGGUGCUACAUCAACGCUACUCUCCAGGCCCUCAUCGCGUGUCCUCCCAUGUAUCACCUGAUGAAGUCCAUUCCUCUACACAGUGAAACGCAGAGACCGUGUACCUCCACGCCCAUGAUCGACAACUUUGUGAGGCUGGUGAAUGAGUUCACAAAUAUGCCGGUGCCAGCUAAACCCAAACCAGCUAUUGGUGAUAAACUGGUCAAAGACAUUCGGCCUGGUGUCCCGUUUGAGCCUACGUACAUUUACAGACUCCUCACGCUUAUCAAGUCGAGUCUCUCCGAAAAGGGUCGACAAGAAGAUGCAGAGGAGUAUCUUGGUUUCACUCUAAAUGGAUUGCAUGAGGAAAUGCUGGCAUUGAAAAAACUGAUCUCACCUCAGGAAGAAAAAGUCCCCACACCCAACGGCCCAGAGUCCCUGCCAGGUGUGGCGGAAGAUCACGCUCACAAGGACGAAGAGGGAAGCGAGGACGAGUGGGAGCAAGUUGGCCCUCGCAACAAGACUUCCAUCACCCGCCAAGCUGAUUUUGUCCGCACGCCCAUCACUGACAUAUUUGGAGGACACAUUAGGUCGGUGGUGUAUCAGCAGAACUCUAAGGAGUCGGCCACGCUGCAGCCCUUCUUCACACUUCAGCUGGACAUCCAGUCCGAGAAGGUCCGCACGGUCCAAGAGGCCCUAGAAACGCUCGUCGCGAGAGAGUCAGUCCAGGGCUACACUUCCAAGAGCAAGCAGGAGAUUGAGGUCAGUCGGAGGGUGACUCUGGAAGAGCUGCCACCUGUCCUCGUGCUCCACCUGAAGAGAUUUGUGUUUGAGAAGACUGGAGGCUGUCAGAAACUCAACAAGAUCAUAGAGUACCCCGUCGACCUGGAAAUAAGCAAAGACCUCUUGUCUUCUGGAGUGAGGAGCAAAGUUGUGAAAGGCCAAAGAACAUACAGGCUCUUUGCAGUGGUUUAUCACCAUGGUAACAGCGCGACAGGGGGUCACUACACCACGGACGUCUUCCACAUCGGCCUCAACGGCUGGCUGCGCAUCGACGACCAGGCGGUGAAGGUGAUCAACCAGUAUCUGGUGGUCAAGCAGAUUGCAGAGCGCACCGCAUACCUGCUGUACUACCGGCGCGUUGACCUCUUGUAGGCGCAAGCACGCACACCGCCAACAAAGCCACAUGCAUACACACACACACACGCGCACACGCCCGCGCACACACUUAACAGCUCCCUCAUCACACGCACACACGGAACAUAUGAUGAACAGGAACACUGCCCGACUUUGUUCUCUUGCAAGAUUUUCCUCCUCUUCCCUCGUGUCCCAGCUUCCUCGAGAGCCACCUUUUCCAGCACCUCUUCCGAAGAGGAGAGACAAGUUGCACUCCUUGCAACGGCUCGCUCCUCUCUGUGCAUCACUGCUGUCAUUUUUUUGUUCUUCUUCACGACAACAACAAAAAAGUAAAAAGAAUAGGCGGUUCAACUGAAGAACUGCGAACUGGACUGCUGGGGUCUUCUCCCCAACUGAGCGUAACCCACCCAGAAUUAUCAGUGUUGGCCUCCCCCCCCUCCCAACCCCCCCAAGGAGAGCCGUCGUUGGAAAAAGGCCCGGAUUUGAAUGAGCGCAUUGAUCAGGCCUAGCACCAGCAUUGCCAUCCCAAGCCUGCUCGUCUCCACUUCCUCAUCUCCUCUUCCUCGUCCACGUACAGGUUGAGCCCCCACUCCCGGCGAGGGCGGGGGGCUAAGUGGAAUUUGAACCGAACACCCUCUGGGUCUUCUAUGUCUACGAAGAGUAUCUAAACAAAAAGUCUUUAACGCGCUUUAGAACUUAAGAUAAGCUUUCUGUGCACAAACUAUAAAUGAUUACAUGGCAGGCAUAUUUGCAACUAUUUAGACUUAAAAUGUCCCCCCCAUAAAAGGGGUCCGAAUGGACUUUGCUUGUUUUUAGAAAAUGUUUUUGUUUUUUUGCACUGGAGAUGGCAACUAAUCAAAUGAUAGAUUCCACUGCAAGAGCUGCCCUCGUUUACUUGGUACAUUUCCUUCUGGAUCCAUUCGUCGUCUGUUGCCGCCGCCCACGACCACGUGGAUUUUUCUCGGCUUGUCUGAGCCACAGCACUCAAAAGGUUCAGUCUGCCAUCUUUUCCCCACCCGUAUCAGGCCGGCGCGUCCGCCGUGACGUGCCCCCGCUGUGUGCACGGUGUGUCGAGGGGUUCGAAAUAAGCGGGCUGCACCAGUGCUCAGACGCGCACAAAAUAGUGUUUGCUUUUGUUGAAUAUGUUGUUGAUAAUUUUUUUUUUUUUUGGGGGGGGGGGGCAAUAUGUUUUUUUUUUUUUUUUUCUUUUUUGUCUCAAGCUUCUGAAAUGUUCAGUUUUGUUUGGGUCACUCAUUGAUUGUCCACACGCUCGUGCUGCUUCUCCGACUUCUGCUCUCAUUGGAAUUGGACCUUUUUCAAAAGAAAUGAUAUAGGCUAAAGCACAACGAUAACGUUCUUUGCGCCACAAUUAAUUUUUCUCUCACUUUGCAUGACCACUUUCGUCAUCGUAUCUCGCAGCAGGCACUUCGACCGAAUGUUUUAUCAGAGGUGCCCCCCCCCCCCCCAAACGCCCAUUUCAAACUUUUGUCAUUUAAAGUUCCUGUCCUGUCAACAACCCAGACAAAUUUGAAUGAUUUAAAAGAAAAAAAAUGUGGCUUUAUAGUGAAAAAUCAAGCCGUUGUCCAGUAACUGUGUGAAACUAUGCCCUGCUGAAAAUGAAUUGCUAUUUCUAUAGUUCUCUAAUGCUUACGUAUCCCAGCAUAUUUGAGUCACAAAAAUAGAUCCUGUUAGAACUGCUGGUUGCUGGAAUAAAUCCCGAGAUGUUGUCGGGCUUUGCGCUCAGCUAACAGAAGUUGUAGCUAGCUGCUAGCUCGCGAGUGAACAGGUAUUAGUAACGAAGUAACCUGCAAUUGAGCCGGAUAACCACUGAUCAGAACAAUUUUAUAUGUAAAGUGGGAGAGGAUGGACAAGCCCGAUGGAGGCAUGUCAGCGGCUGGCAUUUUAGCGCACCCCGCCCCCUAAUACUUAGAAAAACUUAAAAUGGUGAAAGUAGUUGAACGCUAUACCUCAAUCCAGUUCAACAUUUUGAAUCGCUUUGACAAGGCCUUUAAGUUUAAAAAAAAAAAAAUGGUUGUGCAUUGCUUCCACACUUUAUUUUAGUGGAUCUUGAUGUGGUAAUGUCAUGAAAUCGUUUUAACCUUUUUAACCUUUGCCAAUUAAACCAAAGGACACACCAUAUUAUACCCUGUUAACUUUUAAAAUCCACUUUUAUUGGAGCGUCUUCAUCUCCUCCAUUCUGGUUGUGCCGCAGGUUGCGUAGCGAUUUUUCUCUCCAAACUGUGACCUCAAUCUUCAUUUGCAUAUUUAUUCCCCCUGCAACACCCCCCAAGAAGAAGACUGUCGAGACUUUUGGACUUUGAAAUGGGCAACCUGAGUUUUCCGACGCGCCUUGCUGAAUUGCUUCACGCCUCAUGUUUUGUCUUCGGUAUGAGCGCCUAACACUAUUGUCUGCUGGAGUUCUACAACAAUCUGUUCUGUCUUUUUAAUUUCAGGCAUCCAGCGUUCUAUUUUGUUUGUUGUUCGAAUAAAGGAUUGUGCAAAAAGCAGUUUGCUAAUGACACGAA